AUGGAUAUUUUGGCUAGCCUUCCGAUUGCCAAUAUUGCGAUUAUUCUUGGUGGCAUUCAGGCGGCAAAGGUGGUUGAUUUUACUGACCCUAAUGUCCUUAAUACCCUUCGGUACUGCUGGAUCCUUAGCACGGUGCUGGUUUCAACAAUCUGCUUCAUGGUUUGGUCAUCAAUCAAGCAGAGAAAUGACAAAAGGCCUCUAGCGGACAUGCCGGAUCCUACGGCCACGAGCACGAGCACAGGAUCAAAGGCCAAAAAUGUCCAUGACUACGACAUGAUGGAACUGAAGAAGAUGAUACGUGGGCAAUUGAUUGGCACAGCCAUAGUAUCUGUCAUUCAUUUCUAUCUGAAGCAAAAUCCGCCUCUGAUCUCACAGUGUAUCAUUCCGCUAAAGGGGGUUCUCCAGUCAAAGCUCGUCCAGAUUCACAUCUUUAACAAAGCGGAUGUUGGAGAGCUCAAACGUCCUUUUAACGAGGGGCCUGGACUUCUGUCUUAUCUCAAGGAUAGCAAGGAUAGCUGA